AUGGGUAGUACUAGAGAAGCCAGCCACGCCGGCUCCUGGUAUACAUCCAACCCAAGCACUCUAUCCCACGAACUCGACGACUGGCUCUCCCAAGUACCCUCCUCAAUCCACGAUAGCAGCAAACUGCCCAUUCCAGGCGCAAGAGUGAUCAUUGCACCUCAUGCAGGAUAUUCAUAUUCCGGGGCUGCCGCAGCCUGGGCCUAUAAAUCUCUGGAUUUCUCCAACGCCAAACGAAUAUUUCUCCUGGGGCCCUCGCACGCUUGGUAUUUGGAUAAAUGUGCCUUGUCUAAACAUGCAAAAUACGCUACACCAUUGGGAGAUUUGAUAAUUGAUAAACCGACGGUUCAAGAAUUGGACGCCACGGGAGAAUUCCUAACGAUGAAUACCGAUCAAGAUGAAACCGAACAUUCUCUAGAAAUGCAUCUCCCAUACAUCUACAAAAUGCUAUCUCGGCAAUACUCCUCCCCCUCAGAUUUCCCCACCUUAGUACCCAUCCUCGUCGGAAACACCAACGCGACUACUGAGAAGAAAUUCGGCGCCAUCUUUGCCCCAUAUCUAGCCGACGAAUCCAGUGUAUUCAUCGUGAGUUCCGAUUUCUGCCACUGGGGUCCACGAUUCCAAUACACGUAUUAUCUCCCCACACCCGCCAGCCCAUCUACAGACGCACGCGAUAAAUCAUCAGGUUAUUCCCUCUCGAAGCGAGAUAAGAAUCCCACCGAACCGCCCAUCUACGAGAGUAUAGGAAGACUGGAUAAACAAGCCAUGGAUGCGAUUGAAGGAGGAAAACAUCAACAUUUCCUAGACAAUUUAGAAGAGACGGGAAAUACGGUUUGUGGGAGACAUCCGAUAGGAGUUACGAUGGCGGCGAUUGAGAUAUUGAAAAGAGAUAAACGGGUGGAUGGCGAGAAGGGCAAUUUUAAGUUUGUGAGAUAUGAGAGGAGUAAUGAGGUGGUUAGGGUUGCUGAUGGAUCGGUGAGCUAUGCUAGUGCAUAUGCCAUACUUUAA